AUGCGCGCUUUCACUUCGGGGCUCCGCCCACUCAACGCUCUGUCGCAAUCCAUCACUCGCUCCUCGCGCUUCCUCUCUACACAACCCCUGCGCUCCCGCUCAUCUAUCACAUCAACUAUCCCUCAGUCGCGUAUUUUCACCCAGACCCAGCUGCGUUACAACUCAAGCGCCCCUCGCCCACUCACUGAGGCGCCCAAGAGUCAAACCGAGAAAGAAGCGGAAUGGGAGGCGGCGAACCAGGAACGUCGCAAGAACGAAGAAGCCUAUCGAAUUACCUUCACCUGCAAACCCUGCGGUCAUCGCUCUGCGCAUCGCAUGUCAAAGCAGGGCUACCACCGCGGAACUGUCCUUAUCCAGUGUCCUUCAUGCCAGUCGCGCCACGUCAUGAGUGACCACCUCGGGGUCUUCUUCGAUAAGAAGACUACUCUUGAGGAUCUGUUGAAGGAGAAGGGUCAGGCAUUGACUCAUGGUCACACUGAUGGAAGCCUUGAGUUCUGGGAUGAUGGCACAGUGAAGAGCUAUGACUUGGAGGGCAAGGAGAAACUUGGGUCUCCCGAGGAAGAGAAGAAGAUUGGGUCCUCCAAUGAGCCGUCGACUUAA